AUGGCAAUUUUAUUUGCUUUAAUUAUAUCGCGUAACGAACGACGAUUGCAGGCGAUAUUCCCAUGCGUUCUGGGAGAGAUAUGUCUCAGAUUCUUUCGAAACAACCAGGAAACCAAGAUCAUCUGGAAAAAAGCGGGAUAUGUUUGGCUUUGGAACGCGAUAACGGAGAAAUUCGAGCAGCUCGAGGCGCUAAAGUGGAACAACACUGCCUUCUGUAGCGUCAACGCGAUAAAUGAUGUGCGUGGAAAAACUCUCGUUGCCGCCAUGGAUUUCAUAAGUCCAUAUAUUAUCAUGAAUGCGGAUGAGACUAAAGUAACGGGAUUAAUAGGUGAUGCCUGGGUGGCGUUGGAAGAAGCUUUAAAGUUCAAGACAAUUUAUCUAAGUACGAGACGGUCGGUCAUCGAGUCCUCGAUGAAUGGAGAUGCUCACGCACUGCUGGCUGCCACGGCGAUGUACACAUACACAACGAGUUAUUACACCUACAGCAUACCGCUCACGACCAACUCAUACGCUCUAUUUGUUCAAUCGGAAGGUGCGAUUAUCACGAGAUGGUGGUACAUUAAUAUCUUCAGCUAUGAUUUAUGGCUGGCGUCUUUGAUAUCCGUUAUAUGUAUUACAUUCACUAUCAUGGGAAUAUAUCAUUUGAAGAAGCUUAUCUGUGUUAAUUACAAGGAGUGCAACGAUGAGCUUUCCUCAUUAUCUUUCAGUUUUCUUUACGUCUUAGGUGGCAUGACCGGCCAAGGAUUUGAGAAAAUACCGAGAAGUUGGUCCCUCCGAUUAAUAAUUCUAUCCUUCUUGAUGAUGGGAAUGUUAUUGUCAUGCGGAUUCUGCAGUGCUCUUACUUCUUGCCUAACAAGCAAAGGAAACUCGGUUCCUCUAGCUAAUCUCGAAGAUGUGGUGAUGAAAAGGACACACACGCUUUGCGUCAGAACGACCAGCAGUGCGUAUCGUCACUUUACAGUGGAUAGAACAGAGGAAGGUGAUCUGCUGGACGAUUGGAAGGGAUUGGUGAACAAUGACUGUCCCGAUAUGAAAGACAGCGCGUCUUAUGCUUCAAAAUUAUGCCGUCCUGGUUUCGUAUAUUUAGAAGCACCUGCUAUAUUUCAACCAAUUUAUCAUAAAAUUGAGCACAAUUGUCGCAUGAUACAAUUACCCGAGACUUAUUGGAGUGUUAGAUUGACAUUUCUACACACUAGAACAGCGCAACAUCGACAACUCUUUGACAUUUAUUUAAUGCGUAUGCGUUCGGCUGGAAUAUUCAAAUAUCUUGAAAAAAAGUGGAUUCCAGAAGAAACUUAUAAACAAUCCAAUUAUCUUCAAUUGAGCAAUUUUCAACCAGUGGAAUACGGGCAUAUUUAUGUAACUAUCAAUUUUUUCUCUAUAAUUAUUGUUAUCAGCGUGUUUAUUUGCAUUUUGGAAAACGUGUGGUACAAGCUGCGAUGGAAGAAGAAAAAUUUUAAUUUAACAUUGGAAAUAUGUGACAAUAACCUAAAUGAAACAAAGGUAUGUCAUAAAACGAGAUAUAAAAGAUCUCGAAAACUCAACUCGAUAUUAUUAUCUGAAAAUGUGAAAAAUCCUGCAUUUCUUCAGAACGUCACAGUACGAAUUAAUCGAUGAUAAAAAAAAAUAUCACAUUUAUAAUUAUAAAUAUAUCUGAAAUAUAUAUCCCGGCGCGUUAUAUCAAUAAUAUUAUCUCUUUACUUUCGAUAAAUAAGAUAGUCUCAUACGAGUAUUCCAAAGCUAAUACGCGUCUUUAGAAUCAUAAAAAAUUACAUGCACCCAUAUAAUAUAAUCAAAAUCAAAAUUAUAAUAAAUAAUACUGUUUAUCUCAUUGAUUAUUAUUUUACAUAAUUUCUUACGCAUAAUUUUUUAAUAAUUCAACUUAAAAAAAAUUUUCGUUGAGAGAAAAUAUUAAUAUAUGAAUACAUAUAAUAUAUUGAAACCAUAUCAUGUGACAUAUUUUUGUGGAAGAGAAUAAUGCAAAGAAUAUAAUUCUAGCAGUAAGCGCAAAAAAUUUUUCUAUUUCUUUAAUUUUGAUUUAAUAAUAUAAGCAUAUAUAUAUAGUACAUAAUGUACAAUACAGAAAAAUAAUCAUGGCGCGAACAUUGUCAUUGAACGAUGCGCUUUCUGUGUUACACAAAACCAUAUAUACGUAUAAUAUCUUCGAACACAACACGCAACAAUGUAAUCGCAAAGACGAUACAUACUUCUCUCAUUGUUACAAUCGUUAUUCACAAUUAUUAUAAACAACGAACAUUUACAAAUGCAUGAUGCAUCGGCGUCAAAUAUUUAAGGCCUAUAUGGAUCUUACGCUGUAAUUAGAGAAAAUUUGGCUUCUUCUUACGUGGUAUUUCGCCACGUUGACUUUUUAAAGGGGAUACGGAAAUGAGAGAGAAAUGGAGCGAUUCCGGCGAGGAAUAAGAUGCGCGGAAUAGAACAUCCCAUAAUUUUCUAAAAUUUUCCCAUUUCCGCAUUAUACAUACCUUGUCGAUUUUUCAAAUCUGACGAGUUUUUAUCCCUAACACAGGGAUCCUAGAUUUAAUCCUAGAUAUAUCCCCAAUAGGAUCGUAUAAUUUUAUCUUGUGAGAUAUCGUAUUCUCUCGGGCAUAAAAAUGCACAUUAAUAUUUGAUUAUUUUUUGUCCUAGAAGAGAUAUUUUCGAAAGCCCAACAACUAAAUUCUUUAUUUAUUUGUUCGAACAAAAAUGUACAACAAUGUACAAAAAAUGAAGAAAUUAUGUAAUAAUUAUGACUUCAUAAUGCAUAAUUAAUCAUUUUGUCAAAAUAUGUCAAGAUUAAUGGGUUUUUUUAGAGUUAUUGUUACAAUAACUCUCGCGAGAAUAACGUACUUCUUCGGUGUUCAGCAGUAUAAUCUAAAAAAAGUUAAGCGUAAUUAUCUAAUUAUCGGUAGUUUUUUCGUCCUUUCAUACCAUUCUCAUUACGAACCUAAAAUCGUAAAUAAAUUUACUACGUGCGUCAGUAAUAAGUGUGUCUUACGUAAUGUACAAUGAUGUUUUUCAUUAUCUAUAAUAUUUUUUGCUCUCUUUCUUCUAUAAGAAAAGACUACAUAUGGAUGAAUGUGUAGUUUUUUCUAUUUUCUUUUAAAUGAUUGAAAAGGAAAAUUUUGAUUAGUGUCUCUUUUGAAAUAUGCAACUGCACUCAAACUGCAAUAUUGUUAUUCUUACAGCGCAAUUAAUGAUUUUCGUGAUAACUAAAAAAAUUUAAAGUAAAAUAAAAAUAAAACUUAUGAUACAUACGUCACAAGAUGCAGAAAGAACAAUAACAUUCUGUGCCAUGAGAAUUAUUAAUAGUUUAUAUAUUUUUUAAUAAUUUUAUAAUUAUUAUUGACUUGAACAAAACUCUGUUAGAAUCUUUUAUCAAAAUGAUGCAGCAACAUAAAAUACAUAAGCCAAAUAAAAUUUUCUUAUAAAAAAAUUUAAAUAUAAUAUUUCUGUAGAAAAUAAAUAUAAAUCUCACAGAAAAUAACUUAUUAAUUCCUUCAUAUCCAUUUUUUGCAAUAUGAAUUUUCGGAAAUUACGCUGAUCAACUUCGUUAUGUAUAAAUUUCUUUAAAAAUUUUGUUUAGCAAAAAAGUAAAGUUGAACAGUUUGGUUCUUGAAAGGAUCAUAUCAUGUAUCGUAUGUAUCGCAAGUUUUUAUUUUUAUUAAAUUUAUUUAUAUUAAUAUGUGUUAAUCUCUUAAAGCCUGUUUUCUAUUCAAAAGUACGCAACGCAAAAUUUUUCACAUGGUUUUUAUAUCGCAGAAGAAAUAACUAAAUUGGCAAUAAUUCCCAUAUUGUCUAUAAUAUUUCAAGAUAUGUUUGCUAUUGACUUCAUGCUCUCGUUUAGCAAGAGAAGAUUACAACUGUAACAUUUUUGUAGCUUUAUGUUUUAAUCGUUGCAGACCGAUUACGAUGAAGUUUAGUUUCUUACUAAUUAGAAGGCUAAAAUUAAUGUUAAUAAGCAUUAAAAAAAAAAAUCUAUGUCAUUUUAUUGAUAGAUAUACACAAGCCUUAUCAAUUUCAAGAUUGCAUUAUUUACAAACUCUUUUUAGCUUUUAUCAAUAAAAUGUUAUAUGUUAUAAGCUCUCCCGCAUGUAAUUAUUCAAUAUAUUAAUAUAACUUUUGUGAAAAGAGAAGUUCAAGAAAAAAAUAUAUAUAAAAUUAUGUUUUGGCAAUCCUAUGUAAGCAUGAGAGUCAAACAACAUUUUGCAUUUUUACUAUCAAGUACAGUACUUAUAUCUCUAUAUAAAAAAAACUUUGUACAAUAUUUAAACAGAAACGAUUAUUCUUUGCAAAAUAUAAUACCUAAUCUUCUUUGCAGUCAAAAAUCAUAUGUAAAAAUUUAUAAAUUUAUAAAUUUUUUCUCUUUAGAUUCCAAAUGCUCUCUCUUCCCCCCCACUUUUCUUUUUCCGAGAAAGAAAAAGUUUUUAAAAAUUUGGUAUUCGCUAUUUCACAAAAUAAAUCAGUUCUUUUUAGCGGAGACAUUUUUCUCGCUAGAUGGAAAAGUCAAAAACCUCUAAUUCGUUCGAAUAUCAAAUAUGCGCUGGAUGCCACAAAAAAAUAUAUACAAUUAAGCACAAUUAAAAAUAUUUUCUUGACAUCAGCGAUAGUGUCGUCUCGCGCGCGUGUCGCGUUACCGCGAUCUCGACGACUAAAUUCCGCCUACGCGCGCUAAUCUCGUCAGAAUGCCAUCCAUAAGUAUUUUUUUUUUUUAUAAAAUAAACUUCUUAA